AGUUGCUUUAGCUCUCGAAUGGAAGGAAGAAGGUAUCCACCAAAACCGACGUCGUUUAAGUCAAUGGACAUCCAAAAUUGGUAGCUUUCUCUGUCAAAAGCAGACGACGUCGUUUUGUUAUUCAUUUUUCUCGCCUUGCGGCGUUGCGUAUAACAGAAAGAAAUAGUAUUUUUGCUUCAAGUUUCGUGUUCUCUCUAUAUCUUGCUCCCCCCUCUGCGAAACUCCAUGGAUUCUAAAGCUUCUACAACUCCCAUUGCGACUGCCACUUCCACUCCUUUGCUAAACCAUAAAGUCCCUACCAAAUCCACGCCCAAAGAUAGAGAUUUCUUGAACCAUCUUGAAGCUUACCUCGCGAAGAGAGAUGGCGUGGACAAGCUUCUCAAGAUCUCCAGGUACACCACCAAGAUCAUCCUCGCAUCCUCAGCUCUCCCUGAAACCCUACCCGUAACUGGCCGGCUCAAGAGCUUCGAGUCCAGUGUAGGUGUGAGUCGCAAAGCCUUCAGGCUCGGCAAGUUCGUCCAAGACGUGAACGCUCUCAGGAGCUCUCAUUUCGAUUCGAAAGGAGAAAUCCUUCUCUCUGUCAUCGCUUAUGGAGGCGAGGGUUUGUAUUACUUUGUCGAACAGUUCAUUUGGUUGGCGAAAUCGGGGUUGAUCGACGCCAAACACUCGCGUAAUUUGCAAAAAAUCAGUGCUUGGGCAGAGUUUAUCGGAUACCUUGGUAGUAUUUCGUUAAAAUUUAGGGAUUUGAAGCGGAUUGGAGAAGACGAAGCGUGUGUAGAAUCAAGCAUUAAAAUUGCAAUUACAAGAGGAAUCGGGUACGAGCAAGAGAAGGAGAAAUUGAGGAAGUUGAGGGAGAAGAAGUUGAUGAAGAAACUUUCAAUUGUUCAAGAUUUUGCAGAUGCCUUAAUGGCUGUGGCGGAUAUUAGGGAUGGAAAGGGGCCGUUUUUGGGAACCCUUUCGUUGUCCUGUGCUGGGCUAUUGUCGGCGUUGAUUAGUACCCACAAGAAUUGGGUGUCUUGCUAAAUUUGAUGGCCUUUUUACAAGAAUGCUCUCUCUUUUGGGAGGUCAAAAAGAAAAGUUGUACGUUUUCAGUUGUGCUGGCAACUUUAUCCUUGCAGUUUGUGGUACUUUUGGAUCGGAAUUGACAGUUUGUGGUACUUUACUGCUCGGUGCUUCUGUUAUAAUCUAACGGACUUAUAAUUUGUUUGGAUAAAUAAAAAAGUGUCAUAAAAUUUUCUUUCUUA